AAAAAACUCGCCGAUAUCUAUUAACAAAAUGAUUGUUAUCGUUGUUGUUUUUAAAUAUUGAUAAAAUAUGAUUAUUACAACGAAAAUAAUCAAAAAUCUUUUUUUCGCAAAAUUAUUUAAUUAAUUAUUUAAUUUUGCGAAAAAAAGAUUUUUGUUAAAAAUAAAUAAAAAGAUUUGUUUAUAAACCUUAAAACAUAAUACUUGUAUGUGUUUUAAAUUUCUACGGUAUAAUAUUAAACAUUGCUGUCUAUAUAAUGUCGGAUAAAGCAAUGCUUGUUCUGGGUGAAGCUCCAGAGUCGGACGACGAAGAACUUCAACAAGAAGUAAAUUACUAUACGUGUAAUGAACAAUUUCAAUACACAUAACCUCCCCAAUUUCUAACGAGGCCACUUUUUAUAAUUAUUAAUAUAUGCCAUUAAUAUCUAUUUAUAUUAUUUUUAAUUGGUGUAACAAAAGUGUAUAUUUUGACCACUGUCAAUUUUCAUUUUUGGUACUUCAACUGUUCAUUAUAUAGUUGAACAUUGUUUUCAAGCUCAGGUUCUUAUAUUAACAUCAAUUAUUCCUAACACAUUGUACUACACAUAUUGUAUUUAGAUCUAGUAGGUAUACAAAAUAUUGUAACCUUUGAAUAAUUUGUGUAUAAAUUAUUUUAGAAUUAUAAUAAUGAUGGUAAUAAUUCCAAGAGUUCAAAAAGUGGAAUAGCGGAAAAUGAACAAGUUGAAUUUGACUCGGAUUCCAAUAAUCAUACAAGUAUAUAUUAGAAAUAUUUAUUUGUGACAUAAUAAUAUGUCUUUGUUUAUAUUAAUUAAUAAAUAUUAUUUUUCAUUCAAUAAUAAUUUUUGAUUUAUGAAGGACGUAAAAGUCGUACUGUGAAAGAAAGUUUUGCUGGGCGUACUGACAAUUAUAAAAUGUCUGAAGACACUUUAUUGCAUAGAAAAUUAAGUAAGUAACCUAUUGUUACUAACUGUUCGACAUUGUUAUUCAUUAGUUUUUUAAUAAUUUUGAUUAAAUUUACUCUAGAAGAAAAAAACAUUCAUUUUUAUUCAAAUCUCACAUCUUUUAAUAAACAAAUGUAUAUAAAUGCCAUGAAUCAAAUGAACGAAACUAACCAACAGCUUGUUAAAGCUCAAGUAUUGCUUCAGGAUACUGUAACAAAUUGGAAGUAUAUUGAACAAAACUUAUCACAUAUAAAAAGGAAGAUGACAGACAUAUUAUCUGAAGAAUAUAUUCCAAAAAUAAAAAUUUAAAUUUUAUGUGUUUAUUAUUAAUAGAAAAUAAAAAUAACUUUUUGUCUUUUUUAACAAAAAAUAAUAAAUAUUUAUACUUUUAUGUGUACAA